UCCUGGUCAACAAAGUCUCUUCGUGAAUGUCUUCGAGGAAAACCACAAGCAAAUUGGCCCAGGAAAUCCUUUAAAUCCUUUAAAUCACGAUGGAGAUGGACGAGGACAUCGACGCCGUCCUGCUGCGGCAAUUUAACUGCAUGGGGACGACUGACAAGGAAGUCCUGAUUAAAGAACUGCAGGGCUUAGUGGGUGCGCAUCUCAAUGAACACUCGGCCAAGUUUUAUCUCGAAAUGACGGAUUGGAAUCUUCAGGCAGCUGUGUGUGCCUACUUCGACCUGCAGUCCUACAAUAAGCUUCCACAAAUGACUUUCGUUAAGGAUAUUACCAUAGGAGAGGGAGAGAGUGUUCCACCAAGCACGAGAUUCAUAAAAACAUGGCGCAUCCAAAACACCGGGGAGGAUGGGUGGCCCAUUGGCUGCAGCCUGAUCUUCACGGGGGGCGAGCAGCUUGGGGCGCCUUCGCAUGUGUCAGUAGCUUCCCUGGGGGCUGGGGAGUGCGCGGACGUCUCAGUGGAGAUGCUGUCCCCUGCCGAACCUGGGCUCUACUCUUCCAAGUGGAGGAUGAGCACGACACAAGGAAAUUUUUUUGGAGAUACGAUAUGGGUCAUAGUGCCAGUUGACUCAGGUGGCACUCUAGCCCUUAUGCAGCAAAUGGUCAACUUCAAGGCCCUGGGUUCCCCCCCCUCUGGCACUCACAUGGUCCCUGCAAACACGAUGUCCAACCCCUUCGCCCCGCUCCACCUCGGCCAGCAGCCAGACAAGCCACAGUCUGAACAGGAUUUACAACAGCAACAGCACCAAGAACAGCAGCAGCAGCAGGAUUUACAUCAGCAACAUGUACAACAACAACAGCAUCUACAGCAACAGCAGGAGCAGCAACAGCAGGAACAGCAGCAGCAACAGCAGCAGCAGCAGCAGCAGCAGCAGCAGCAGCAGCAGCAGCAGCAAUUAAAUGGAAAUUUUCCUAAUCGAAGCCAGUUGUUAACCAAUGACCUUGCAACCUGUCGGGUCCCCGCCCCUAACUCCCACCUAGACGGAGAUGGAGACAUUGCCAUGAGCUAGUUGUGUUGGGACGUGUUAACCUACAGUGAGUUAAGGCAAGCUUUGAAAUUCUUCUUCGUCUUUUUUAUUUAUGAAUAUUUUUUUUUUUUUUUUUUCAUAAAGUGGGUCCAGUGUUAACCUGAGAACCUUGAAGUUGAGAAUAAUGAUUUAUAAUUUUUAUGGUAGCUCAAUGUCUUUCCCAGGACUGGAAGUGGAACUAGCAACCAUCUUUUCAAGUUAGGCCAGCUUUGUAACUUGAAUUAGUAAAAAAAAUUAAGACAAAAACAAAAAAACAAAAAAAAACUCAAAAUUUAUAAAAAGCAUAAGCUUAAUUUUAAAAUUCGGCUGCAACUUGAAGCAAGUAUCUUGGCCUGUUACAUGUGUUUCAGGUCCUGGAACAGAAAAGCCUUAAUUCAGACCCUCGUGACUGUGAGUGAUUAUUUUAGAUUUCUUAUUGUAAGUUGUUCCUUCGCCUUUAUUCUCCCUUUUUUUUUUGUCAUUAAAAAAAAAAAAGAGGUUUCUCAAUUUUAAACAAAACAUGCUGUGAUUUCAUCCACUCAUGCCUGAAUGUUGUAUGGUAGAGGCACAUCGAAUGACUGUGAAGACACUCAUCCGUCAAAAAAAAAAAAAAAAAUGCCUGCAAACAACUUUAGAAAAAAGAAACAAUAGGUUGUACGUCCAAAAUGGAAGCAUGUGUCUCCGAGCUUUCCUUGCAAUGGGAGACGAUGAUUUUCACUAGAGAUGCCAUUUGUUUAGCAGUUGGUUAUGUCGGCUACAAGAAAUAUUUGGUAAAAUCAGCAGUGCAGUUCUUGUUACAAAGUUGUUGCUUUUGUUUUUUUUUCUCCGUAGAAUAUAACGAUAGUCCGUAAGUGACAGUUGAUUUUAUGGUUUUUGUGAAUAAAUACAUAUGACUUUAUUAGAGAAAAAUGGAUAUGUGAAAGUAGAUAAUGCUACAGAGUUGGCAAGAGGGAGAUAUAGAAUUAAACUUUAUGAAAUGGAGGGAACAGAUAGGUAGGUAGAUAAAUAUAGUAAGAUAUAUAGACACUAUUAAAUUAGGUACGGAGGUAAACACCCUGGUAAAAUGACAAAGGUAACCGUUUACAGUUGGAGAAUGGAUAUUGUCAAUUGGCAUACAGUGUCAUGAGAUUAUGUACUUUUUAAUUGAAGUUGCAUAGCUUACUUAUUAUAUUUAAAUAUUUUUAACCCUGAAUUUCUUCCUAAAAGAAAAAGGUAUAUAUUUACACAUUUUACUCUGAAGGAUAAAGAAACUUGGUGUGUAUCUACUCUGAAAGACAAAGAGAUUUAAUUUGUAGAUUGGUGAGGCUGAGGGUUAUGUAUGUGUGUGCUUGUGUGUUGCAUCAUAAGCAAAUCAGUAUCACAGUAAGAUUCCAUAUUAAAUCAGUUUCGUGUUAGAAAUUCAAGGCAAAUCAGUGUCAUGAUAAAGAAGGCAAAGUGCAUAUAAUCCUGAAGGGGAUUAUACCUUAAUCCAAUAACUGCAACUUGUGACAGAGAUCUGAGACGUUAAUUAUAUUUUGUGAAAUCAAUUUUUCCUUCUUUCUCAGAUGCAUUAAUAAUUUUCCUGUUUGUAUUUUGAUAUUUCAUAUGUAUACUUAGAUUGAUUGAUUGAUUGAUUGAUUGAUUUUUUUUAGCCUGAAUUUAGCUUGAGAGUUUAAGCCAGAAAGUUUAAUUAUGCAGUUAUUGCAUUAACACAAAGCACUGAUCUACCUACCUGUCUUAUGUUUUAAGGAACAGUGACAUGGAUUGUAAAAGCAGUGAAUGCCUUGGUUUGUAAUUUGGUACUUACAUAACUAACUUUAACAAAAAAGACUUAUUCAAUUGUAUGCUUGCCAGUAUUUAUCUGUGAGGUUUAUAUGAGUGGGUGAAGAGAGUAAGAGAGUGACUGAGAGAGAGUGAGAGAGUGACUGAGAGAGAGUGAGAGAGUGAGAGAGUGAG